CUUUUUUUUUUUCUUUUUACUUUGUGUACAUAUUUAUUUACAUUCAUAAAGUGAUUAUGACAAAAUCAUCCAAUAAAAUGUCUGAUGAUUCUACAAAAACCAGGAUGGAUGAAGAUUUGGUAUCUUAUAUAACAUCGACUUGUUCCGUAUCAUCAUCCGAACAUGAAAAAACUCGGUAUAAUGAAUCUUCUUCGUUUCUUCAAAGAUGUAUGCGACAUGGUUAUAAAUCAUCCACUUCUCUUUUGGAGUCUCGCUACGGCAGAUUACAAAAAGGGAAGAUCGGUCGAGGUGCUUAUGCUCAUGUACGACUCAUCAUUGCAAAUCAUCAUCAUCAUUAUAGGCAUCAUAAGCAUCAUUCACUUACUAAUAACAACAAGAUAAAAACUACCAUCUCUAAACAGGUUUACGCUGUCAAGAUAUUUAAAAAACAAAAACAAAAAGAAAGUCAUGGCAAUUACAUGAAAAGAUUGAUAAGUGAAUAUUGCAUUGCAUCUUCCAUGCAUCAUCCCAAUAUCAUCACCACUUUGGAUCUUGUUACAAAUGCUUCUGGUCAAUAUUGUAUUGUUAUGGAAUACUGUUCAGGUGGUGACCUUUAUCAAGCCAUUAAAAAAGAUCAAUUGACAGAAUCGAAAAUGAAUUCAUACUUUAAGCAAUUAUUAUUGGGUCUAGAUUAUUUGCAUUCUUUGGGUGUGGCCCACAGGGAUAUCAAACCAGAAAAUUUAUUACUAGAUGAUGAUGGUCGUACGUUGAAGAUUACUGAUUUUGGUGUUGCUGAUGUAUUUUGUGAGACAUGGCAAAAACAUAGUAGAUUAUCAGAUGGAUUUUGUGGUUCAUUAGCAUUUAUAGCUCCCGAAGUAUUUUCGAUAUUACAACGACGAAAUUAUUCUUUCCAUAAUCAUGGUUACCAAGCAACCAAGGUAGAUGUAUGGUCAGCCGCCAUUGUAUAUUGUUGUAUGUGGCUUAAAGGCACACUUUUUAAUUCGGCUGAGAAAAGUGAUCCUCAUUAUCGAACUUUUCUCAAAGCUUAUUAUUCUCGUUCGUUUACUCCUCUUGCUGCUUUAUCGGAACAUGCUCGGUCUUUUAUAUAUCUGAUGUUGGACCCUGAACCUGACCAAAGAAUUUCUAUACCUCAAGUUCUUUCUAUUCCUUUUAUCAUGGACAUUGAUUGUUCUUUAUAAUAUUUUUUUUUUAAAAAAAAAAAAAGAUCAUCAUCUAUAAUAAUAAUAAUAAUAAUAAUAAAC